GGCCUUCUCUGCUAAAGGGGAACAAUUGAUAUCAAUUCAAUCGAGACUGGAGGAGAAUUUCAGAACAACAAACAGGCAUCAUCCAGUUCCAACCCUGGUGGCGGGACUUCGAUGCCUGGGACAGGCAAUGAAAGAAAAAGAAACUAGCUUAGAACGCCUAGGCCUCUGA